AUGGGGAAGGGUGGUCACGGAGGUGGCGAGGAGCCGUCCUGCUCGCCCGCAGCGGCCGCUGUCUUCCUCAUUGCGCUCUUUGCCGGCACGUUCUGCACCAUUUUUUGCAAGGCAGCCAUGGGGCUCACCACCGAGGGCUUUACGGGUGAAAUGGAGGGCACGAAGUUCCCCGUCUUCUUCACGUUUGCCAUGUUCUUUGGCAUGACGAUGGCGCUGCCGGCGCACUUUAUUAACGAGUGCGUCAAGAGCAAGGACUCAUCAACGCCCCCCACGCCGGCGCUCGGGUUCAAGGGCGUUCUUCUGCUUGGGCUGCCCUCCGUGUUCGACCUGACGGCAACUGCUUUCACCACCAUCGGCCUCCUCCACAUCCCGGCCUCUAUCUGGCAGCUCCUGCGCGGCGGUGCGAUCGUGCUCGUUGCACUCAUGAAGAACUUUGUCCUCAACGAUCCGCUCAACAAGACCCAGUGGGCCGGUGUAAUGAUUAUCGCCGUUGCCAUCGCCAUUGUUGGCUACUCGUCCACGAUGGGCGGCAAGGCGCCCGAGGCGGAGGGCCGGAUGCUGUCCACCCUUGCGGGCGAUGGCAAGAACCCCGUCUUUGGCAUGGCCGUCACCGGGUUCGGCACCCUCAUGCAGUCCUUCCAGUAUGUGUACGAGGAGAAGGUGAUGGCAGAUAUGGACUGCCCGCCCCUCCUGCUGAUUGGCACCGAGGGAGCCUUUGGCUUUGUGCUGUGCGGCCUCGUCCUGUAUCCGAUCGCCUACGCGUUGCCCGGCUCGGACCACGGCUGCUACGAGAACCCCUUCAACACCUUCCACAAGGUGACGAAUGACGGGACCCUCUUGCUUUAUAUCUUCUGCUACACGGCCCUGAUCUUUGUGCUCAACUCCCUCUCGAUCGUCAUCACCUACAUGCUCUCCUCUGAGUGGACCUUUGCGAGCUACGUGCAGCUGGCCGGCACCAUCGUCCUCCUUUUCGGCACGGCGGUGUACAACGGCUCGGUCCCUUUGCCAGGCCUGGGAGACCCAGUCCCGCUCAAAGAGACGCUGCUUCCCUCGGGAGUCGCCAAAUCCUCCGCCGCGUCGCUGCGCCUCUCUGGCGCAUUCCAAAACAACUCAGCGCUGCUGCAGAAGACGGCGGCCAAGGAGGCCAAGCGGCUGAGCCAGCGCUGA